AUGUCGUACCGUGGCCCCAACCAGUUCAACAACCAGUUCAAUUCUCCUCUUGGGAGAGAACCUUCGGCCCGAAUGGGCCCGAUCUCGUCGCAGCCGGGCGGCUUUGCCAAAGUUGAGUCGUUCACGAAAAAAGCCGAGGAUUUUCUCGACGAGUACUUUAGCCCUUUGAAACCAUACGUGCCUGCUAUCGGGCGUUUGUUUAUUGUGGCCACCUUCUACGAAGAUGCGCUUCGUAUCUUCUCGCAGUGGACAGAUCAGGUCUACUAUUUGCAUGUCUACCGCCGAUUCUGGAAGUGGCUUACUGUGGUGUUUUUGUUUGUCAAUGUUUUGAUGAUGCUAGUGGCGUCGACGCUUUUGGUGUUGAGACGCUACCUGACCUUCUCCACCGUCACCUUGUGCUUGGUUGUGUUCUUCCAAGGCGUUUUCUACGGAUUGAUUUUCGACUCGGAGUUUCUUUUGCGCAACUUGUCUGUCAUGGGCGGAUUGAUUCUUGCGUACUCUGACACUCUUGUGAGAGAAAAGAGAUCGUUGCCAGGCUUGCCCAUGCUUGGUGGCCAGGACAACAAGAAGUACUUUUUGUUGGCGGGCCGUUUGUUGUUGAUCUUUUUGUUUUUGGGUUUCGUCUUCUCGGCCAACUGGUCUUUUGCCCGUGUGGUUGUCAUUCUCAUUGGUUUGGUGGCAUGCACUUCCAUUGUUGUGGGAUACAAAACCAAGUUUGCUGCCGCCGUUUUGACCGUCUUGUUGUUCACCUACAAUGUGUUUGUCAACCAGUUUUGGAAGUACCUGGCUUUCAACGCCAACAGAGACUUUUUGAAGUACGAGUUUUUCCAAACCAUGUCGAUUGUGGGCGGGCUUUUGAUCAUUGUCAACGCCGGCGCAGGAGCCUUGUCGAUCGACGAGAAGAAGAAGAUCUACUAA